UAGAAACACAGCGCUGAUCUGCUGUACUUUAGUUACUGAAAUCUGAUUUUAAUGAAUUUAAACUGAAUUAAAGAUCAGAAGGAGGAGAUGGGGGUCUCUACAGCAGUGUGUGUUCUACUACUGAACGCAGUAUUCAUCUCUACACUCGCAGAGAAACACUCUCUAUACUACAUUUACACCGGCCUCUCCAAAGACGUGGAUCUACCAGGAAUCUACGAGUUCACAGCUCUGGGGCUGCUGGAUGACCGAGAGAUCGACUACUACAACAGUAAGGAGCAGAAGAAGAUUCCUAAACAGAGCUGGAUGAUGGAGAAGAUGCAGGAAGAUUACUGGGAAAAAGGAACCCAGUCUCGCAAGAGUAAAGAACAGUGGUUCAAGGUCAACGUGGAGAUUCUGAUGAAGAGGAUGAACCACAGUAAUCAGGAUCUUCAUGUUCUUCAGUGGAGACACGGCUGUGAGAUCGAUGAGUCCAAUGGAACAGUGAAGUUUCUGAGAGGGAUUGAUCAGUACAGCUACGAUGGAUCAGAUUUUCUCUCCUUUGAUUUUGAAAACAUGCGCUGGAUCGCUCCGGUUCCAGCUGCAGAACCAACCAAGAGGAAAUGGGACAGUGUUCCCAUCCUGAACCAGUACACCAAGGGUUACCUGGAGAAAGAGUGUGUGUACUGGCUCAUCAAAUUCAUGGAGUACAGAAAAGAAUCACUGAGAAAUCACUAUCCUCCUGAUGUUUAUGCGUUUGCAACAAAAUCUGUUCGUGACCCAAAAAAGCUGAUUCAGACCUGCAUGGCCACGGGAUUCUACCCUAAAGACGUGGAGAUGGGUCUGACAUGGUUCCCCACUUCAAUUCCUGAUCAUGUAAUAACAUCUUCUGGAGUCAGACCCAAUGAUGAUGGAACCUACCAGCUGAGGAAGAGUUUGGAGAUACUUGAAGAUGAGAAAGCAGAUUAUUACUGUUACGUGACUCACAGCUCCCUCAAGAAACCAGUGAUAAUAAAAUGGGGUAAUUAUAUCUGUGAUUGGUAA